AUGAAUGUUUCAUUUAAACAUCAUGAUAUUGAAUUUCCUACUCAAAAUGAUGUAUUGUUGCGAGGUUGGCUGUAUGAACCGAUUCGAGAAGUUGAAAAUCAAAAUCUUUAUCCAAGAAUUGUGAUGUCACCUUAUUAUGGAGGUGUGAAAGAACUCUUUUUGGAUUUAUAUGCAGAAUAUAUUACGAAAUUCAAUUUUGUUGUACUUCUUUAUGAUAAUCAGAAUUUUGGCGAUAGCGAAGUUGAUCCUGAACGUAUUGGUAUUUGGGGUGCAAGUUGCAGUGGUGGUCACGUGUUAGUUGUCAGUG